GAGAGAGGGGGCCGAGCGCUCUCGGCAGCCAUUUUCCUGAAACAGGACUCAAUGGCCUAUAUGGGUUUCCUUUGUUCCAAAAGGGAUCUUACACUUGAUUUCCUCAUCUCUCACGGACUAUGAUAAAAUCUAUGAUUCCUCCUUUUAAAGGAUUGAGAAGAAGGAAGAGAAUGUACUGGAUGUAAUAGACCUGUGACAUCUUGAGCCUUUUUUCCUCUGCCUGGAAUCCAUCUUUGUCUUAACUAGGCCAUGGCACACCCAUAUAAUAGUAUUUAUAUUUCUUAAGUGAUAAGAAACCAAUGUUGUGAAUAAACAGUUGUGUGAUCUUGCAGAUGUUAAAUUAGGGGGGGAAACAGUUAAAGUGAUGUCUGAUUGUUUGGCAUUGCACAUAUGGCCUUGUAGGAUAUGAGUAAGUUCAACUCUUUUAUAAUCAUUUUCAAUUUGUUUGCUUAUUUAUUCAUGUAAAAUGUGAGGCAUGCAGUUACUGUUAUUAAAAUGUUUUAAUGUCACUUUAUCUACUAAGCUAUCUAUUUGAUCACAGACAUUUUGGCAUCUGUAAUAGACAACUUUAUUCAAAAUGUUCACUGGCAUGCAGACAUGUAGAUAUACAGCCUACAGUCCAGGUUAUAUGCCACUGCUCCUCAAAGGACAAAGCAGGCCAUAAUGGCCUUUUGCUAAAUAGUUUAUUGUGCUGCCUGGACAUUUGUCUGUUGAUUGAUAACCCAUUUGCUUUGAUUAAUGACUUAAAAUACUUUCCUCUCACAACAGCAAUGCUUAACACCCGUGGUGGCUUGUGUGCUGUAGACUACUCCUCCUACAACCGUGGAGACAACCGAUUGCGUUUGUGCUGUCCAUUUGCCAUAUUAGAACCAAAUGCGUCCAAAGUGUAAUCGUCGGCUUGACCUUGUUUCAAAGGCAUAUUUAAAUGUAUUUAGACGCCCAGUGAGAGAGCCUUUUACAGUUUCUACAACGGUUAACAUAAAAUAGACUGUCAAACUUAAAGAGGAAACAGGGAAAACUCUUAUGGUGAAAAUAUUUACCUCAGCACUUUGGUGAAAUGCAGUUAACAGGCCUAAACGCAGGGGCGGAAGGAAUGUUUUCAGCUCCAUCUUCGGAUCCUCUAAUAAUGGCAUUAAUAAGGGGUGGGAUAGCAUCUCCUGAAAAGGAAGGAAUCCAUUAGCACGAAAGAUAGAAAGCUCUUUUGAAAACUUUUUUUUUUUUUUUUUGAUCAGCAGGCAUUGCCUCUCAGCCAGCGAAUAUGCAUCUUCAAGCAUCAUAUCUGUGUGGGCAAUAUGCAAACCAUCUCCUCUCCCUCCUUGAAGACAGGAUUGCAGUCAAGUAGGCAAACACCUCUUCAAUUUCGACAUUUCUAACUGAGCUACAUCAUAUAAAACCAAGGAAGUGUUGUUUUGAAAGGUAAUGGAUUUUGAGCUAUUUCACUUUAUUUGCCAAUUUAUGUCUAAAUGUGGGUUUAAUGUUAUACAACAAGACAGACAUGAACAAUACAUAAUUGUGAUUAAAACGCUAUCAAAACUGUAUUGGCUUUUGUAAUAUGUAUAUAUAAUUCGUAUUUUUGUUUGAUAUCGUAAACUUACAGUUUGCAUUCAAAACAUGUAAUCCAAGUCUUAAACGAGGAAAGGAAUCUUAUGGGGAGAAAUCUUGUAAAUUUCACUGCUUCCUUUUAUCCAAAGAGACCCUUUGGUGAUAAGUAGGCUACACUUGCUUUGCUUUCUCUGCUGUUCUCUUGUCUCAAAAUGGCUUCUUUACAGACAAAGGAGAGUACUGUGCUGUAAAAAGCUGCUGCGCCAUAACUGGGAGAGGCUCGUUCACUCGGUGAGAGAGCCUCGCUCCGGGGACAUUUCUCGGUGAUACAACAGGAAGUCUUAACACCGACCGACGCAUGGGGCGAUUUCACUCGAAUAGGUGUGUGUUUAACAAGAAGUUAAAAAAAGAAGAAAAACUGUCCACCGUGCGUAAAGGGAAGGAAACGUUGGGAACGUGGCGCGUUCAAGCUGUCGGUUACUGGGCUGACUCGCCCUGCAACGGCAGUAAUCCGAGAGCUCUGGACUGUUGCCAUGAGAGCUCGAGCGUGUUGUUGCAACCCCCACACUGCUAUAUAAGGUCAUCAGGAAUUCUCUGCAGCAGCCCUGUUGUUCUGUCUCUGGGUGAAAAUAACACUGGGGGUGGUUUCGGGCUUCAGCGCGUGCUCUGUAGCUCGAGAAAAAAAGUCCGGCGGAUCUCUUGGACCGAUUCUUUUUAAGUGCAACAGAUCAGAAAAUACUAACUCAAAAGAUGCGUAAAGGAGUUGAAAAGAAGGGGGCCUUAAUUCGGUUUUAAGGUGGGCCACUAUACGGUGCCUUUUACGCACUCCCUUUUUUAGUGUGUGUGUGUGUGUGUGUGUGUGUGUGUGUGUGUAGCCUGGUGCUUGUGAGAACACAGAAUUGUAGUUGGUGUGUCAGAGGCCUGUUUUUCUUGUUAUCCACUCCUAGCUCCGGCUGCCAAGUGCGCGCAUUCCUCCAUUUGCAGGUCACGAGGCUGCAGCCAGCACUCUCCUCUGUCCUAACCCUGCUUUCUAGAUCCCCACCCCCCACCCAGUGCAAUGGGGACAUAAUGUGAGGAAGGUUUUAUGUAUGUGACAAAGAGGAACAUUUUGCGUUAAAAUCCGCCAAUGAGGUUAUUUAUAGGCCUUUGUUUAAAAAAAAAAAAGAGAGAGGAAAAAACACCUCUUCGGUGGGUUCGCCAUUCAGCUUUGCGCGCCGCUGACAGACUGGAAUAUUCCACACAGAGGAUUGGCCUCUCUUCUGCGGGACAGCUGUCUCUCUGCACGACGAAAAAAAACAUUUUUUGACAAAUGUUCUUUGUUUAUUAAUUGAUGAAAGGGGGCUCUAUACGUAUGGAUAUUUUGUAGACUACAUCUUCAGGACAAUUUAAUAUCCUUUUUUUUUAUAUGCAAUGUUAUUCAUUUGUUAGGCUACCAGUUUCACCUUGUAAGUCAAACAAGCACUUUUUGUACAAUUAUGCUGGUAUUUUUCAUAGCUUGUACUACACCGUACCGUUUUGUAGAACCUAUUGGGGCACAUGAGUACGGGCAGGCAGUCAGGCAAACUGCUCUGCCCUUUGUUUCUCUUCCCAUGUUUUCUCAGCCUUUUAUUUUGACGGAUUGUUCGCUGAAUCAAAUCAGGUAUCCUACGUACUUUGUGUUUUUUAAUGUUUUUAUUUUUAUCUAUAGGUACACUCGCUUAUUCAAUGUUUUUUCAUUGGUGGUAGGCUCCUGUAUUUAUUCUAUUCAAAAUAUUGUCUUUUCUUCUUUCUAGGUCUUAAAUAUUUGCAUAUCUAGUGUAUCAUUAGUGUACUAUUCCACAGUAAGGCUUGUGAUGUAGUCUCUUACUUGGCAAUAUUUUCACCUGUCUGUGUUCCUGAAAUGUUUAAAUAAAUAGAUUUAUACCCUCAUUCUUAUGUUUUAUUGUUUUGGGAAUUGAAGCAGGUUGCUUUUCUUUUUUGAUUGACAUUAGUUGUAAUAUCUACCUUUUUAAUGAUUUUAGGCCCAUCUUUAAAACACUAUUUUAGCCUAUCAUGAUACGACACUAAAUUACACAGUGAACUCAAUUCAGGCUGCAUGGUGACAUAGCUGAAGCAAUUUGAUAGGUGAAACUCCCUUUUAGUUAUUGCAGUAAAUGUGUGUGUAUUCUGGCAAAAUACUUGAAAGAUUGCAUGUUUUCUUAAAUAUAGGCAAAGGAAAAAGCAGUGUCAGUUCAUCCUCUUAAAGGGACAGCUUGCUCAAAUUUUCCCCCUCCAACCCACUAACUGCAUAUUUUCCCACCCGAGACCACUGAAAUCUAACCUUUAAAUGUUCCUUUGUAACUUACCUCAAUAAGAGUUUCACUGCCUUUAUGGGAGAGAAAAUGUUCCAGACCAGAUACUGAACCAAGUGUAAUCUCAAAUACAAAAUGUUUCUCUUGGCUCAUUCUCUAUGAACUAAUCUUUCCUGGCACCCACUGUUACUGAUUUAUGUAAUUAUAGCCAUCAUCGACUUGGCUGAGACAUGUUCCUAAUGUAAAAAAUAUCAUUCUAUUGCACAUACUGUAAUGUACAAGAGCAUUCUCAAAUCAUCCACUUUAUUUGAUAUCCGGUAGUAACUGAACAUGUCCAGUUGCUUUUGAUCAUAACUCACUGAUAAGUUAUUCUUCAUGCCUUAAAGCAGCGCGUCUGCCUCGCACACCCACAGCCUCCCGGUCAAUAGCAGCACAUACAUGUUUUCACCUUAUACUAAGGUAACCUACUGUACCUCAGAAUGUCGUCUCCAAAUCACUUUUUUUUUGCUCAUUUAUUUAGUUUAAUGCCGGAUAAAGAUGUCCGUACAUUGCACCCUGGGAUGAGAGAGAGAAUAGUUUAUCCUGCCGCCCCAAUCUGUGAUGUCACGGCUGUGUUCAGCCAUACAGACUGAACAGAUAAGUAUGACUGACACAUUGCUCGUGAAAUACCUCUGGGGAUUCAAAAUAAUUGCAUUAAAAGGAAAACACAGGAAUAAACAUAUCUACCAAUUGCAUGAUUAUAUUCUGCAUAUAGAUGUAUAUUAGACUGAUAUUUAAUGGAUUACCAUUGAAGCAUUAUUCCAUAUUGAUUCAAACAACCACGCAUGGGAAUGAAAAGGGUGGGCAACCCCCAAAUAAAAUGCAUACAUUUGAAGAAUUAGAAGUGAGGCAGCUGGUUUAUUACUUUAUAUUUUGUGCUUCAUUGAAAAAGAAGAAGAGGGGUUUGGCCAUUUAGCGGUGUAUGUUUCUGAGAAAGCAAGUUCUCAGGAGUAAAGAGCUCUGAUGGAGGUACAAGCGACACACCCAGCGCAUUCACUGUCAUCAGAGCAUGACCUCGCAGAUACAAAUCUAGAAAUCUGUCAGCGUUUACAAAAACCUGCUGACUUAACUUCAGCAUUAGAGGUGAAUAUUUUCAGUGUUAUCUCUCUCUCUCACACACACACACUCUCACACAUGCACACAGACACACACACACACACACACUCCUCUGUUGAUGGAGGCAGUGCUUCAGCUUGCGUGCCCACCCAGAAAAUGAAAUAGGCAUGCACAUUCGAUAGAGGAAGUGGACCAGCCAGACUCAACUGCUGCACAUGUGCAACUCACUUAUUCUAACCCAGCGAUGCUUUCAGUGAGCAGACUGACAAUAGGACAGGAAAAGUGUGUAGGGGGUCAAUUGGAAACAGCUUCAAUGUGACAGGAACAGGAAGUGGUGAACAGAGCGAGCUACCCGGUAAAACAUGAGGUUUUUCUGUUCCUCUCUCUUGACACUGCCUGUACAUCAUCUCAGCCUUUCCAAAAAUAGAGUCAUUAAGCUUUGCUAUGGAUUUAACUUACAUCUGGAGGGAGUAUCUUCAGUCCUGACCUGUCUGGCACCUGUUUGAUUGUUUGGAAGCGAAAUGACUGCUAAUGGUACCACGAAAAGGGGAGACGAACUUAAAAUUGUGAUAGUGGGAGAUGGAGGCUGUGGGAAGACAUCUCUUCUGUUGGUUUAUGCCAAAGGUGAUUUUCCUGAGAAAUAUGCACCUUCAGUGUUCGAAAAAUACGUCACCACUAUCUCUCUCGGAAGAAAAGAGAUAAAGCUCAACCUGUAUGACACAGCUGGUCAGGAAGACUAUGACAGAUUACGGCCGCUUUCAUACCAAGAAGCCGAUCUGGUUUUAGUUUGCUUUGAUGUGACCAACCCCACCAGCCAUGAGAAUGUCCUGAUAAAGUGGCACCCAGAGGUGAAGCACUUCUGUCCGGACACUCCGGUCAUCCUGAUUGGCUGCAAGACAGACCUCAGGAAGGAUAAAGAGUGUGCCAGGAAGCUCAAGCCCAUGAACCAGGCUCCCGUCACUUACACACAGGGUGAGGAGACCCGGCAGCAGAUGAACGCAGAGCUCUACCUCGAGUGUUCGGCGAAGUAUGAGGAGAACGUGGAGGACGUUUUCAGGGAGGCAACCAAAAGGACUUUGGCCUUUAAUCGAAAACGAAAGAACUGCAAGAGGAAGAAGCAAUGUGUAGUUUUGUGAAGUCAGAAGAACUGAUUCUUAAGGACUCUACUGGCUUUUUUGUUUAUUUGUGGAAAACCAUUCAUUCACAUUGCGAGCGGUUAGACAUUCAGAGACCAAAGAUGCUCUGCGUCUCAGUGUGGAAACAGCUGAAUGAGCACUGGUUCAGAAAGCUCAGACUAGUCCUCGUAUGUUUUGGGCCUCACUGCAUCAUCAGUCCUUGCAAGAAGCAGCAGGUUUGUAUAUUCAACUUGAAAAGCAUUCCAAUGUAUUUUUGUAUGACAUUUUUUGUACUGUUGUACUGUUUCCAAACCUGUGUUUUAUUGAAAUGUACAUCUAUUAGAGGAAGUUAGUUCUUGUAUUGUCAACUCAGAUUUAGAUUAAUGGAAUUGUCAAUUUAAAAUGUCUGGAUCUGGUUUAAAAGCUCCAAGUAGAUAACAGAUUCCCAGACAGAAUAGUUCAAAUACAUCAUGGUACUGUAGCUUUAACAGUCUUGAGAAAGAAAACCUUGAUCAACAGCCAACAGGAUUAGUUCAUUUCCAGUGAAACUGAACACCAAUCUGUCUUGUGGCUGUGUCGACGUGAAGCAGGGCUCUUUUCUUCACCAACAGCGCCCACUAGUGUCAGGAAAACGAAAUGUGUGUUUAGAUAUUUCCCCACACAGUGAAAUGUAAAUAAAUACAUGUUCUUUCUGUCCCAUUGCAUAAUAACCACAGAAAUGGCAAAACAUGUAAUUAGGUGUUUAAUUAUUAAUAUAUAUAUAUAUUUUUUUUUACAACAAUAUACACAGAUUGAGAAAUUGUCCACCGCCUUUGUUACUGAUCAUACUCAGGCACCAGUUACAGUCUAGAAAUGAACGAUGAAAACAUUGUUCAUCAGCUACAUCGUAAAAAUGAGGAAAUCAAGUUGUUUUGUGCGUUCUGGCAGCUUUCGCAUCAAAUGUAACAUUUAGGUCUGUAACUCAACGUGUCGCCAUUUUCCCUCAAUAAAAGUGACACAUGAAAUAUUGUGAUUCUCUUCAGCAGGAUGACUUUCUGGUAAGUGACAAAGAAGCGCUACAGUCUUUGGAUUUUUCAAAAAAAAAAAAAAAAAAAAAAA